AUGGCAUUCCAUCCUGAAAUACUUUGGGCACAGCGCAGCUCAGAAUCUGACGAGAAGAAAAACAUCUUGUAUCUCACAGUGAACCUUCCAGAUAUCAAGCCGGAAACCGUCGAGUAUGAUCUGACGUCGACAACGAUCUCCUUUAAGGCCAAGGCCGGCGAUGCCGAGAAGGGAUUGGAAGAACGCGACUACGCAUUCAACUUCAACCUUUUCGCCGACAUCGUGCCCGAAGAGUCACUGAAGCAUCUGACGAGCCGCUCCAUUACCCUCGCCCUACGGAAAAAGGAGAAGAAGGCAGAGUACUGGCCGCGUCUCACGAAGGAGAAGGUCAAGACACCUUUCAUCAAAACCGACUUCGGAAAGUGGGUGGAUGAGGACGAGCAGGAUGGGGAGAAGGUGGAUCUAAGCGACGAUCUCGACAUGGGCGGUAUGGGCGGUAUGCCUGGCGGUAUGGGCGGAAUGCCUGGUGGUAUGGGCGGUAUGCCCGGCGGCAUGGGCGGCAUGCCUGGUGGUAUGGGCGGCAUGCCGGGUGGAAUGGACUUUGAGGAGAUGAUGAAGUCGAUGGGUGGAGCGGGCGCAGGUGGUGCAGGGCCGUCAGGUGCAGACGUUGAGGAUGAGGACGAUGAGGACGACGACGGCCCUCCCCCACUCGAGGAAGCGGACACUAAGGCAUGA